AGAGGCAUGGCAGGAGAACCGUGGAAUAGAGUAAACCUCCCCUUCCCCAGCGCUGUUUCUACUGUCCGUAUACAUUUUACCCACAAAACAGAUGUAAAUGUGAAAGCCCUUUUGGUGGAAAACGAGAAGGUCCUCAAGCUUAUUCACAGUGAGCUUCUUCAAACAGAGAUAAGGGUUCUCUACGAGCUGCUGUACAUCCUUAAUAACAGCUAUAGAGGCAACAAGACGUUCAAAGGCUUAAAGCAGGUUGAACAAUGCAUAAACAGACUGAAGAACAUGAAGUUCGAUGUUGCUCUUCAGGAACUGAUAGAUCUGUGUCCCAAUAGGAUUCAAAGAGAACUGAGCAUCAAGGCUGGUGAGUGUGAUGUCCCCAGUCAACCCAUGCUGGAGUGGCUCUGUCUCAAAGUGCUGGGAGCUGCAAACCUAAUGAGCUGCACCAUGAAUCGCUGCAGUAGAGCUUUUGUACUCACUAAGCAGCAGAUGAAAUGGGAGGAGUUUGUUAUCUUGAAUGUGGUGAUAACCAGCUUGCUCAGUCGACUCUGGGUGAUUUUCCGUGGGGUCCUGGCCAGUCUGUCAACUCUGUAUCAGCAGCUCCUGGAGUUCCUUAGAGAAGUAGCCCGCCUGCAGCCCAUGCCCUACCUUAAAGACUUCUCCCUGCCACAAGAUAUGGCUCAGUUCCUGGGUCCCUCUCUUGCAAUACUAUUGACCAAACGGCUAACACAAAAUCCCCAUGCCAAAGACCGCAAGACGCAGCAGAGGAAGAACCCUUCUUUUACAGUCAAUAAGCAGCAACAGGCAAGGAAGGUUAAAGAAGACCUUGGUGUUGCGAUUGAAAGAGAUAUGGUUCAUGAUGCUGACAUGAAGCCUUUUUUGAAGAUUUUCAGGAAUUUUACAGAGGGCAAGUCUGUCCCACAGGAAUCACACAAAGCUGAGAAGAAAAAAAUGUUCAAGAAACAAGUAAGAGAAGCUGCUACUUUCACAGACAUGGCGACACAUCUCGAAGAAAUGAGCCUGUGGUGCAAAUCCCAAAAGAUGGAAAAGGAAAAACGCCUUUUAUCCUACAUGCGUUUAAAGUGCCAACGGAUGAAAUGCCUCGAGGCUGCAGGUUACAAUGUCCAGCGGAAAUUGCGGACCUUCAGAGAAGAGGCUUGCAAGGCUUUCUCUCCUCAAGGGUCAGUGCCAAACACCUGUCGGCCUUCUGCUCCAACGAGGAGAAAUGUUCACUUGAGGACUCGUUUUCAGUCACUCAGGAGGCGAUUGAAGUCUCGUACAGUCAGCGUUGGCAUCAAAAAGAAACAGAUUAAGAGACAAAGGAAAAUGACUGAGUUAUCAGUGUCUGGAGCUUCAGAAGACAACCAAACAAGCAAGACUAUAGAUGACAUAGAUGAUAUUUUUGCCUCUGCUGGUUUGUGACACUACUGAAUUAUACACAUCCAAGAAAACACUGAGUUCAAUGUGUGACACAUUCUUCUGUUUUAAAAAGGGAACAUGUAUGGAAUAUAAUGAAUUACUAUAUGAGAACUGAUGAGUGUAUGUCAUAUGAGUGAACAUUUUACAAGUCUUGAACACCUGCACCUGCAGAUUCACAGUAUGCUACUAGACUUGAUACAAAGAUGACACCUUGUUUUACUGAUCUCUUUUGGUUUUAAACUUCUGUUCACAAGGCAUCACAACGGGAAUGUUGGGAUUUGCCAAUUUAAGAACU